AUGGCAUCAUCGCCAAAUCUCACUAUUGAUUCCGGGACGCCUCUUGCUGAUGCAACCGAGUACAGAACUGUCAUUGGUAGUCUACAAUAUCUCUCAUUUACGCGACCCGACAUUGCUUUUGUGGUGAACCGCUUAUCCAAAUUUAUGCACAAGCCCACUGAUAAACAUUGGCAAGCGGCAAAGCAUGUACUCCGUUAUCUCGCCGGCACCAAGUCCCAUGGUAUUUUUCUCCGUUCUGAUGGUACGUUAACGAUACAUGCUUUUUCUGAUGCUGAUUGGGGUCGUGCACAUAACACAUACAUCUCCACCAAUGCAUACAUCAUUUAUUUUGGUGCUAGCCCGAUAUCUUGGUCCUCUAAGAAACAGCGGAGCGUCUCGCGUUCAUCAACAGAAGCAGAAUAUCGGGCUGUCGCUAAUGCGGCUUCGGAACUCCGCUGGAUCUGUUCCUUGUUAUCUGAGAUGGGCAUCGUCUUACCGGUUGCUCCAGUCUUAUAUUGUGACAACGUUGGCGCUACCUAUUUAUGUGCUAAUCCCGUUUUUCACACUCGGACGAAACACAUUGCCAUUAAUUAUCACUUUGUCCGUGAGUUCAUACAAGCUGGGGUUCUUCGUGUCACACAUGUCUCUAGAACCGAUCAGCUCGCUGAUGCUCUAACGAAACCGUUGCGGAGACCACAAUUCCAGGAGCUUACAUCCAAGAUUGGAGUCAGAGUGUAA